CCCCCGCUCCCGCAGCUAACCCCGCGCCCGCCCCGUCUUCUAAUUCCAAACCCAGCUAAAUCUCGCACCAAACACCGCAGCCCGAGGCACCCAACCAACCAACCCCCGCCCCGAGCGUCGCGAGGGAGACAGACAGACAGACAGCCGCGCGGGAGGAAGGGGGCCAUGGAUUUCCUGCAGGGGCGGAGCGUCGAGACCAUGGUGGCCGUCGCCGUCGCGGUCGUCGCCGUCGCCGUGGGCGCCGCACUCCUCCUCCGCCGAUCCAAGAGGCCCAAGGGCUGCUUGGAUCCUGAGAACUUCAGGAAGUUUAAACUUGUGGAAAAGACACAAAUAAGCCAUAAUGUUGCCAAAUUCCGAUUUGCUCUUCCAACCCCUACCUCUGUGUUAGGCCUUCCAAUUGGUCAACAUAUCAGUUGCAGAGGUCAAGAUGCUACCGGUGAAGAAGUAAUCAAGCCUUACACACCUACUACAUUGGAUUCUGAUCUUGGAAAUUUUCAGCUUGUUAUAAAGAUGUACCCUCAAGGAAGAAUGUCGCAUCACUUCCGUGAAAUGAAAGUUGGUGAUUAUAUGUCUGUAAAGGGACCUAAGGGUCGUUUCAAGUACCAAGUAGGACAAGUGAGAGCUUUCGGAAUGCUGGCUGGUGGAUCUGGCAUCACUCCGAUGUUCCAAGUUGCAAGGGCAAUUCUCGAGAACCCUAAUGACAAAACGAAGGUUCAUCUAGUCUAUGCAAAUGUCACACCUGAAGACAUUCUUCUGAAGGAAGAGCUGGACAGCCUGGCCGAAGAAUAUCCUGACCGCUUCAAGAUCUUCUACGUGUUGAAUCAGCCUCCUGAAGUCUGGAAUGGUGGUGUUGGCUUUGUGUCCCAGGACAUGAUUAAGACUCACUGUCCAGCACCUGCUGAGGAUAUCCAGAUCUUGAGAUGCGGCCCUCCUCCGAUGAACAAGGCGAUGGCUGCACACCUUGAGGAGCUCGGAUACACAAAGGAGAUGCAGUUCCAGUUCUAAGUUUCCGGAGCUCCAAAAUAAGGCCCCCAGGCCCUACAUUAUCCAGCAUGGAGACUGUCCGACCCCUCUUGAUAUCUUCCAGAAGCGAUGCAUUUUUAGUCUUGUAGUACCUCCUUUUUCGCGGCCAAAUGUUAGCUGCAUAGCUAGGCAGAGGCCCACAUUUCGCUCGACUCCACCUCUAUUAUUGGUUUGAAAAAUGAGCAUAGGGUGAGUCCAACAGUCGACUGCAUCACCGUUUUUUUUUUGGCGAACAAGAUCACUCAUUGGUAAAAGUUUGUACUGUAAUUUUUGUGUUGCUCUUGGUAUUAACACGCCGCUAGGGCGUGGUACGUGCACA